AUGGAUGCUAUUGCUGAAAGUACGUUUCAGCAUACCAAGAGUAAGUCGCAUUUGCUCGAAGACACUCCUUCGUUGGUUACACUUGUAAUUGAUACAAACCCGAAACUAUGGGCGGAGCUGGAUAAAGAAGUUGGCAAUAAAGGCGAACUAAUGCAGGCUUUAAAAUCUAUUAUCGUGUUUUUGAACGCUCAUUUGGCCUUUAAUAGUGGUAACGAAGUAUCAGUGAUUGCAGCAUAUACUAGGGGUAUCAAAUACCUGUAUCCUCCUGCUGAUGAAUUAGAAGAACCAUCUUCCAAGAGGAAAUUAGGCGAAGACAGGUCAAUAAUUAAUAAAGGCAUGUACAGAGGGUUUAGAAAUGUUGAUGAAACUGUGGUUGAAGAGUUGUACAAGUUAUUCCAGCAAGAGCUUCGCGAUCAGGAAGCUAGCGAUGUCAACCCUGUGAGAAGCACUUUAUCGGGCGCAAUGUCUGCUGGAUUGACAUAUAUUAAUAGAAUGGUGCACCAAAAUGAGGGUAUAAGUUUGAAAUCUCGACUGCUGGUAAUUACGUGCGGCAGCAGUAGCGGCAGAGAUGAAAUAUUCCAGUAUAUCCCUAUUAUGAACUGUAUCUUUUCUGCAACGAAGAUGAAAUGUCCAAUUGAUGUUGUGAAAAUAGGCGGUACAAAGGAGUCAACGUUUCUGCAACAGGCUACAGAUGCUACAAAUGGAAAUUACUUACAUGUUGAGAACACUAAGGGUCUGAUUCAAUAUUUAUGCACAGCGAUGUUUAUUGACCCAUCUUUAAGAAACCAAAUUGUGAAACCAAACCAGAGUUCCGUGGACUUCAGGACCUCUUGUUACUUAACGGGGAAAGUUGUUGCUGUUGGAUUUGUAUGCAGUGUCUGUCUAUGCGUGCUCUCAAUCAUCCCGCCAGGUAACAAGUGCCCAGCUUGUGAUUCAGAGUUUGAUGAGAAGGUGGUUGGUAAACUAAAACGAAAGCCAGUAGUUGCAGGCGUAGCGAAAAACAAAAAGAGGAAUAAAGUCAAGUAA